UGGACUUAUUCCUUCUCACGUGCCGUACCUGUUUGUCACCCAGUCAUUGCACCUCCCGAUGUGUUACAGGCAGGCGUAAACUCAUUGCACCCAAAGAGCCGGCAGUGACAUGAGAUGGAUGACUUAUUGCUUUAUGGAAUGACUUCCACCGAGCGCACCUCCUCAGCGACUGAGAGCGACCUGUCGCCGGGACACGCUCCUACCACCAUCAACUCUGUACAACACAGCCAGGCUGCCGACUCCCCGCACUACAACAGGCAGCUGCGAUUAAUCACAAUGAGCAUCAUCUUUGCCGUGGGACUGGUCGGCAACGUCGCGGUCCUGUACAAAAUCUGCAGUGGCAAAGGCAAGAAGAGGAAGAUCAACUUUCUGAUCACACAGCUGGCUCUGGCAGACCUCUAUGUGUCAGUCAUGUCUCUCCUGUCGCAGAUAGUCUGGGAGCUGCUGGAAGACGAGUGGCUGGUGGGGGAUAUAGGCUGCAGGGUCUUCAAAGUGUUCCAGGUUUCAGGCUUGAUGGCUUCUUCAAAUAUAAUUGCCAUAGUAGCCCUGGAGCGGCACCAUGUCAUUAUGAACCCCCUAAGCACCCCUCUACCAACUCGAUCCAUGGCAGCUUUUGGCUGGAUGUUUGCUUUUCUCUUGUCUGUGCCCCAGGCUUUUGUGUUCAAAGUUGCUUACACCGGCCAGGGAAACAGGUGCCUCAACAUAUUCGGGCAGUUGCCAAAGUGGCAUUUGCAGGCGUACAUCAUCUACUGCUCGCUCAUAGUCUUCUUCUUGCCCUUCUGCAUCCUGUGUGUCGCCUACAGUCGCAUCCUCUGGCUCAUCUGGAGAAGGGGCAAAGUCGGCAAGACCUCCAGGCACCACAACGGAACGUGCCAAGUCCAGGAAAGUCACACGGAAUUUAAGAGGCGAUCGCUGAGGCUCACGUCCACCAACAGCUGCAUUCCCAGGGCAAAGCUGAAGACCCUUAAGAUGACUUUGGUCAUCAUCAUUUUGUUCAUAGUGUGUGGCCUCCCUUACUUCAUUGUGGAAAUGAAAGUGGCAUUUGCGACCAUUACUGGGUUAGAUGAGAAGGUCAUGGCAGUGCUGGGCAUCUUUGUGGUCACCAACAGCGCAGUCAACCCUUAUGUCUACUUGUUCUUCAAAACCAACAACGUGUUCCUGAGAAGGUUAGAGAAAAAAGUGUGUUUCUCCUGCUGCCUGAAGGAGCACCGAGAGAUCACCUUCCCUAGAGAGCUCUCACCUCCCCGCUCAGUCACCCCAAAGAAAGAGCCCCCCAGCACCAGCAUGUCGGAGAUGGAUGUAAGCUCUUCUGCCCAACGCCGCUCCUUGUCCCAUGAGCAGACUGUGGCACAGGGAGACAAGGGCACAGAUUCCGUAUAUGAGAGCCGCAUGUAAGGGAUUGGCAAAUGCCCACAAUCACACAGCACAUCUAUGUACAUAUGAUUUUCCCAGCGAACUUUAUUACACUCAACUGAGGAUGCCCAUAAUUAUCUCCUCUACUACACAUCUCCCACUGGUCCCUGCACCAAAUGCACAUACCACCUGUCCACAUUCCUCCUUCUCUGCCAACUCCUGGCUACUAUUGAUCUGCACAUUCUCUUCUGUGUCACAUAUCCCUGUAGCCUCAGCAGUGGGUAUCCACAGUUGCCCCAUCCUGACUUCUCCAGCUGGUUCUAAGAAAUUGUUUGUAAAUUUAAUUCCCAAAAACAC